AGAAUGUAAUCAUAACCUGGAGUUAUGGGCUCUAUGAAGCUCUACUCUAAACCUUUUAAAGAUAGAAACACAAGGAACAGGGUUCGCUAAAAUAUUGGCACUGUACAUUUUGGGUACAUAUUUAGGACAUAAAAGACAAAUGAUUUGUUUAAACUUAUUUCCUUGUCAUCAAAGGUGCAACCAUGGACAUUGGCAGUUUGGAGACUGUGGUGGCAAACUCUGCAUAUGUGUCGGCACGUGGCAGCUUGGAUAGAAGUACAGCAGCCACAAUGCGUGACAAGAAAAUGCGGGCCAGGUUGAAACUACCACACAUCAGAGAUUGUGAGAACCUGAAAACAAGUGUAGCCUCGACCUUUGACAGCAUGUGUGUCAAACAGCCAAUCGGCAAGCGACUUCUUCAGCAGUACCUAGAGAGUGAAAGCACCCAUGCAAGUGCUGGACAACUGUGGAAAGACAUCGCAGACUACAACUUAUCAGAGGAGAAGGACAGAAUGCAAAAGGCCCAGAAGAUGGUCAAUAAGUAUUACGAGUCAGCAUCAAAGAGCUUUUGCAACUUCCUGGAGGAAAAGGUUGUCAGUCGAGUGAAAGAGGACUUCAAGAACGUCUGUGGUGACCUGUUUAAGGAGAGUGAGGAACAACUGUUGGGACACUUGGAGAACAAUGCUCUGGAAGGCUUCAAAAACAGCAUGUACUUCCUGCGUUAUGUUCAAUUCAAGUGGUUGGAGAGCCAACCUGUUAACGAGGAGUGGUUCACAGAGUUCAGAGUGCUGGGUAAAGGAGGCUUUGGGGAAGUGUUUGCUUGUCAGGCUAAGGCCACAGGCAAAAUGUAUGCGAUUAAGAAGCUGGAGAAAAAGAGGUUGAAGAAACGCAAAGGCUAUGAGGGGGCUAUUGUGGAGAAACGCAUCCUUGCCAAAGUUCACAGUCGCUUCAUUGUGUCGCUGGCUUACGCCUUCCAGACGAAAACUGACCUCUGCCUAGUUAUGACCAUCAUGAAUGGCGGUGACCUCAGGUUUCACAUGUACGAUGUAGAUAGCAAAAAUCCUGGUUUCAGUGAGCUUAGGGCUUGCUACUACACGGCCCAGGUUAUUUGUGGACUGGAACACCUUCACCAGCACAGAAUCAUCUACAGAGACCUGAAACCAGAGAAUGUGCUGCUGGACGAUGCAGGUCAUGUGCGUUUAUCAGACAUGGGUUUGGCUGUUGAACUUCCACCAGGAAAAGAUAAAACUAAUGGAUAUGCAGGAACACCAGGUUUUAUGGCUCCAGAACUUCUCCAGAAGAAGGACUACGACUACACUGUGGACUACUUCACUCUAGGAGUCACCCUGUAUGAAAUGAUCACAGCCAAAGGCCCCUUUAGAGUACGACGAGAGAAGGUCGAGAAUGAUGAAGUGACUCGCAGAAUUAUUAAUGACCCGGUUUCAUACCCAGCCAACAUUGGCAAAGUUUGCAUGGACCUUUGUGAGUGUCUGAUGGAGAAGGACCCGGCAAAACGCCUCGGCUUCAAAAACAAUGACUGUGAAGAGCUCAAGAAUCAUCUUUUCUUCAAGGACAUCAACUGGGGCCGCCUGGAAGCAGGCAUGCUGCCGCCCCCAUUUGUCCCUGACCCUAAGAUGGUCUAUGCAAAAGACAUCGAUGACGUAGGCGCCUUCAGCACAAUUAAGGACAUUGUUCUUGGUGGCAAAGACGUAGAGUUCUUCAAUGACUUUGCAUCUGGCAAAGUCCCAAUCCCCUGGCAGGAGGAGAUGAUCGAGACGGGUGUUUUGGAGAGCUGA